AUGGACAGCUUCUUCAAGGCAGCUGUAUGUGAUCUGGACAAACUGCUCGAUGACUUUGAACUCAACACGGAGGAACUUGAGUGCAAAUCUGUUUUCCUGAAGCCUUCUGUGUACCCCUUCUCCUCACCUCGCUUAUCCUCCGAGGCGUCCACUGUCCCACCAAACCUCCCCGACCUUAACUCGCUUCAUUAUGGUUCUGCCACCAGCUGUCCCGACCCCUCCGGCAGUCCAAGCCCCGGCGCAGAUGACCGAGAGGUCAAAGGUCAGCCUCUCACGGGAGUGGACCUUCUCUCCUCUGUGGAUCGCAGGCCGGCUCAAAGCUCCGCCCCUCCCUGCCCCGACCGAGCUCUGAAGCCGGUGUGUGACCUCGUGAACGACACGAGCUCGGCCAUCCUGGUCAGGGCCAACAGCCACGAUGCUUUCAGCGAGAUGGAUGUGGUGGAGAAGCAAAUGGAGGAGGAGGAGGAGAAGGAGGAGAAGAAGGAGAAGAAGGAGAUGCUGCUCGUGGACUUUGACAGCCCUGUGAUCACCGUACGCGGAGAGGAGCUAGGACGGCCGUGCCAAAGCUCUGGCUGCGGAGCUGAAAAGGAAGAACAGGCCUCUGCGGGGAAAGACAAGCUGCUGGGUUUAGAUUCCCACGAGCGGAGCGGCGAAUACUCUGCGUCGCUCAGUCUGCUGGACGUCAUUCUUUCCGCUGCGGUGGAGAGGAGCUGCGAGCCCGCGGAUGAUUCGCUACCCCCGAGCGCCGCUGAGUCGGUGGAGAAAGAGGAGAGGGACGGUGAGGAGGCGGUUUGCACAAACCAAGUGCUGGGUAACUCUUUAGACCACUGUGAAGGGGCCACUCUGCCAGCAGAUAGCAUUAAAGAAACAACAACAACAACCUCAGAGAAUAGAGAGGACGAGCCGCAAGAAGCCUCUGACCAACGUGAGGCAGAGUCUCCCAUUGGUUUAAAGUCGGGGGCUUCAGAGUGCGAACCGGUGGGCUUAUCGUGCCUGCCAAUAGCUGUUUCCAUGUGCGGGGCGCUGGUGAACACGGAGACGAUAGAGGAUGAGUCGGGGCUAGCUCCAGAGCAGUGCGAUGAGGCAGCAGAUGUCUCUGAGAGCACGGAGGCAGACUCCCUGUCAGCCGCGGAAGCCAGGGAGGACAGGUCCUAUUUAGAGGGACGCGUUGACCCGUCGGUGUCUGCGUCCCAGCAGGUUGCAGAGGGCAGGGUGUCCCCAGAGGUGCAGCAUCUCGCUCUCGAACCCGCUGCCCCUGCCCCCGCCGUCCCCGCUGCAGACCUCGCCUCCUGCGAACGCUCGGAGCCCAGCCCAGUCGACCCGCCCGAGUUUGGCUUUGAAUAUCUGCCCGAGAGCGACCAGGCCGAGCUGCUGGUCACAGACGAGGAGUUGGACGCGUUCCUGCAGGCGCACACGGAAGCAGAGCAAGGUAGGGGGGUCUCUUAUUGCAGCGGCUCCCGAGAUUUCACCCAACCGGAGAGUCUCUCGGAGUUGAACGGAGAUCUGGAGGGCACGCUUGUGGGAGAAGAGCUGAGGAGCUGCGGUCGAGGUAGACGGGAGGAUCUAGAGGGUCUGGCUUCUCCAGAAAGCGACAGAACAAUGUGUGUGUCCGUAGAGGGAAGUUUUAACCCCGGUGCUCCGUCACAGGACUCUUGCAGACCUCCUUGCCAAGAAGAGCCAGAACUCUCCUCUGGGGUAAGCCAUUCUUUGACCAGCAACACUUUCCAGUCCCAGCACAGCAGUAGCCCCGAUCAGCCGCCCUCCUAUGGAGGCGCAAGACCCAAACAGCUACACUGCCACAUUGCCAGAUCUCCGCCAGCAGGGGAAGACGGAGAGGAGCAGGCUCAGACGCUCAGCACGGCUGAGAAUGAAGAAGAAAGUUCACCCACAAGUCUUACAGAGGAGCAUUCCAACAUUAGGGAUUUGAGCCCUAUGUACGCCUCUCAGGAGCAUCAGGAUUUCAGCCCGGGGUAUGAUGAACUCUCAGAGCCCCCGCCUUACCCCGGGGACUCACCCACAGAUGGUGCCCGGUCUGUGAACUGGAAGAGAGAGGGAGCGGAGGAGCUGGGGAGCAGACAGCCUUCCUGGGUACCAGACUCUGAAGCUCCCAACUGUAUGAACUGCUACCAGAGGUUCACCUUCACCAAGAGGCGGCAUCACUGUCGAGCCUGCGGGAAGGUGUACUGUGCGGUGUGCUGCAACAGGAAGUGUAAGCUGAAGUACCUGGAGAAAGAGGCCCGUGUGUGUGUCGUCUGCUUUGAUACCAUACACAGAGCCCAGGCCCUGGAGCGGAUGAUGAGUCCUGCGGGUCCCAGUCCGAACCCCAACGUCCCGUCUGAGUACUGCAGCACCAUCCCCCCUCUGCAGCAGGCUCGAGCCGCCGGCACUCUUAACUCUCCUCCACCGACCGUCAUGGUGCCUGUGUCCGUUCUCAAACACCCAAACAACGACAGUUGUCCUCGUGAACAUAAGCGCGUGUGGUUCGCUGACGGCAUCUUGCCCAACGGAGAGGUCGCAGACACAAGCAAGCUGUCGGUGACAAGCCGCCGGAGCUCCCAGGAGUUCAGUGCCGUCUCUCCAGACCAAACGACGCCUGGGUCAGAGGUUGGAGUCGGCGGCUGCUCGGCCCCCGAAGCUUCUGUGGCCGCGGAGGUGGUCCGACCUCCGGUGUCCGGACCCUGGGACUAUGCCCUGCUCUCUGGAAUCGGUACUUCUGUGAAGAGGGUUCCCAGUCUGCUGCCGGAUAACGACGAUGAGCUCCCUCCUCUGCUUAUCACCACGGGAGAGGAGGAAGCGGGAGAUGUCUUGGUGGAGGAGAGCCCUGCCCCGUGCCAGAUCCUGCACUUAUUAGAGGAAGGCGGACCUCGACCGCUGACAUUUGUUCUCAACGCCAACCUGCUGGUCAAUGUCAAACUAGUUUCAUACGCCACUCGGCAGUGUUGGUGUUUUGGCUCUAACGGGCUGCAGGCUCUGGGACAGAGAGAGCUGGUGUUUUUGUUGGAGUGUUUGCCAGAAGAAAAAACUCUUCCAAAAGACCUCUUCACGCUCUAUCUCAACAUUUACCAAGAAGCCCAAAAAGGGAAGUUUGUGGAGGAGCUGGAUAAUGUGACAUUCACGAGCAGUUUUCUGGGCAGUAAGGACCACGCUGGGAUGCUCUUCUUCUCUCCCACCUGUCAGCCUCUAGAUGGCCUCACGCUCCCACCUCAGCCUUUCAUGUUUGGUUUGCUCGUCCAGAAGCUGGAGGUGCCCUGGGCCAAAGUCUUUCCACUCCGACUGCUUCUACGGCUUGGAGCCGAAUACAGCGUGUAUCCCACUACAUUGACAAGUGUCCGUUUUCGGGACUCUGUGUAUCGAGAGACGGGACACACCAUAAUGAAUUUACUGGCUGACCUGAGGAACUACCAGUACAGUCUGUCAAUUGUGGAGGGUCUGAGGAUCCACAUGGAGAUGGGUCACAGCUACAUCGACAUCCCUAAAUGUAGCUUCAAUGAGAUGCAGAAGGUGGUGAACGCAUCCAACGAGCACGUCAUCAGUAUCGGAGCACGUUUCAGCUCGGAGGCCGACUCUCACCUGGUGUGUUUCCAGAACGAGGAGGGAAACUAUCAGACGCAGGCCAACAGCAAGCCUGGGAAGACCCGCACAGUGACUGGAGCCAGUUUUGUGGUGUUCAACGGAGCCCUGAAAGCCUCGUCAGGCUUCAUUGCAAAGUCCAGCAUUGUUGAAGAUGGGCUGAUGGUGCAAAUCCCUCCAGAGACCAUGGAGUCUCUGCGCACCGCCCUGAGGGAGCAGACAGACUUCCUCAUACCCUGCGGCAGGAAUGAUGGAAGCGAGCUCCGAGAAAACGUCACUGUCCGCUGGGUCGACCUGAGUGCACCGGUCAACACAGGCAGAGCCAGCGGGGUUGACGGCAGACCUCUGGACGGAGUCCGCAGUGUGAGGAUGCAGCAGGACACGGAGUUUGAGUCGGACGGACGCACCAUCACAUGCACAGAGGUGUUCUACCAGCCCAAGACUCCGGACUGCAGCCUGGCGUCGGUGCUGUCGUCCUGCAGCGUCUUUCAGAAGGAGAUGGCUCUGGCCGCCUGCAGCGCUCUGACUCCUCACCUCGCUGUCCUCACAUCCAGUGGCAUCAACUCGCUCUCGCUUCGCAUCUCUACACAGGCUGAUAUGGUGGAGUACCAGGCCGGCUCCGGAGGCAGGCUCCUCCCUCAGCGCUACAUGAACGAGCUGGACAGCGCUCUGAUCCCCGUCAUCCACGGAGGUAGCGCAAGUGUACCACAGACUGCCAUGGACAUGGAGUUCAUCUUCUACAUCACACACACCAUCUAACUCACAUGCAGACACACUUCAAACAGUUUGGGGGGGAAAAAAAGGUGGUUGAGCACAUUGAGAGAGAAGCUGUUGAUCGUGGCAGGACAUGCUGAUGCAACGGCUCGUUUAUUUUUUUGUUUUUGUUGCACAUUCGGACAUGCAGCCCGUCACAGAGGACACGCAGCUGCCGACACUACAUUCCCACUCUGAGGUUGGGGAUGUGUUUCUCUGAGGGAUGUAAACCGAAGCGUUGUGAGUUUGUGUGUUUUCAUGCUCACCAAAGCUGCUUUAAUACAAGAAGCCAAACACUAACCGAAGGAUUACGACGACGACGACGACAUGACCAAAUACAACCAAACUAUUCAAACCAUUUUUUUUCUUCUGCUCUGCCUUCCAAGGCUCCCUGCUGGCCCCCGUCAGCUCGGAGCACCUCAGUGAAUGUUUCCCACAGACGCUCUAACGAAUUGUCUCUCAUUUGGAUGUAUUUAUUAUAUUUUAAUACGGGCUUAUUGAAUGAAAUGAUCAUAUUAAAGCAAGGGACAUUACUGA